CCCACACAAAUCCAAUAGCAUCAAGCUGUGCUCUUCUGGACAGACUAUUGCUAUUCCUCGCUCCAAGAUAAUCACCCCUGUUACGAAUCUUGUAGACUGAAUUUCCAAGCGAAAUCCCCCAGCAAGCUUUCGGCCAUCGAUUAUCGUCGUUUGGAACGACAAAAGUUGAUGGGACCAAUGUACUGCCAAAUAUGGCUUUGUAGAUGAUCAAGCUUUCUAAUAUCAAGUUCCACUCCGGUUGAAGCCUUUCCCAAACAAAACCUAUUCGAUUUAAUUCACUUACUCGAUCCGGCUGGUUUUUGACGUGACGUUGCCACCACCGCAUGGUGUAAACAGUUCCCGCCAAAUCGAUACCAUGCCAUACAGAAGGAUAUGAGGAAGAUUCGGGGACCACAAAUCGUCGUGGUAUUACUAGGUGGGAAUGUUCGUCGUGGAAGGCUUGCAGCGCUUGUAAGGUAUCUUCGAAUGGAAUAAAUAACCCGUUUGGACUGGUUGUCUUUUUGCUUCUCGAGCUGCCAGCGGUUGAAGUUUUACUGCGUUUCUGUUCUUUUCUAUUAAUCAUACUCCGAAGAAUCAUACUUGGCUUUUUCUUAGGCUUUCUCGGGAGUGACAACCAAAGCUCGUCCUCCCUACGAUCCAAAUCGUCAAAAUUGUCAUCGAAACCCGUAUUGAAUAUAGRAUCCUUUGCGUCGAGGCGAGGUUUUCUUCGGGCGUGUCGAUUUUUCAGCAUUUCUUGAACCCUGAUGUGAUCUUGGAGCGAUGUAGUAGCAGAGAUAGACUUUAAGCCAUCGUCUGACAGCAACAAUUUCUGCAUGCGUUCGUACUGCUUCUGCCUGCUCGAGUCUUCCGCCACCAUUCCAAGCGUGGUGAGCGGUGAAAAAACAGCGACAACGAUGGCCAACGCUUGUACCAGACGUAGCCGUUCAGUAACAAUGACGACACCCAUUGUAGUCUACUACAGUGGUUUCUGUUGUAGAGUUAAAUCUACCAAACGCAUUGUUUCAUCGUUAGAAUCUCCCGAUACGAGAUCUCUUCUGAGAAAUGUAAUGUCGAAUCUCGACUGUUGAUGAUUGCAAGGAGCAAGUUCGCUUUUCUGUCAGAAUUUGAGAGAAAAAGUAAACGUAAAACGUACUCGUACUUGUAAAUCGUUCUCGGAACGUAUCGUUGCGUUCGUACUACCGUAGUACGAGCCAUGAAGUGCAACAACUUCAUCGUUACGGUAGUUACGUAUGUACAAUACAUACCUUACAUAUGGUACUGUUACACUUUUAUUUAUCUUGCUUUUGUCAUUUUCGAUGACGACAACGACAAAGGAUUCAGUCGUCAGUCGUCGUCCAUUUCAAAACCAGUUCCAUGGCGCGAGAUGUUUUGAGAGUAGAAAACGUYGUCUAUUUUGGAUUCUGAUACGGUAAAGUACGUACUGACCGAUASGCAAACUACUCGUAUUUUACCGCAUUCAACAUCAUUUCUUGAGUUCUCAUCUGCUCUCUUCCCAUCCAAAGUAUCUCAGACUUCAAAUUUUGCAACCAAUUUUACGUAAAAUACCCAAUGGAUUCUCUAACUUUUGAAAACGUUUCGUGCGGCAUUGUUGCCCUCGCCGCUCUUAAUCUCUGUWUGAAGGCAGUGUCRAAUCUCUACAAGACAUUUCUCCGACCAGCGAAAAACUUCAAAAAGUAUGGAAAAUGGGCUGUUAUCACCGGAGCAACGGGUAAGUGCAGCGCCACGAACUUCUCCUCAGUCCGAGGAUUGACAAAGUCUUUUCGUUGUCGGAUGAAAAAAAUUGCGUCUUCCCUUGUCUGUAUUAUCUGCAACACGCACUUGUACUAAUUUUUUCGUGCUUGGGAACACGUCUGUUUUCAUGACGAUUGAUAGAUGGUAUCGGUAAAGCAUACGCCUUUGCCUUUGCUAAGAAGGGAAUGAGCAUCCUUUUGAUCAGUCGUACGGAGUCCAAACUACAGGAUGUGAAGAAAGAAAUCGAAGCGAAGAAUUACAGUGGAGUAGAAGUUUCCUAUUUGGUUUGUGAUUAUUCCAAGUUUGACAAAGCAGCACAAGAGAAGGUGGCUAAAGUUGUUAAGGAAUUGGAAGUCGGAGUCUUGGUUAACAAUGUCGGUGUUAGCUAUCGCUACCCCAUGUUCUUUCACGAGCUAUCCGAUAGCGAAGUUCAAGAUUUGAUGACCAUGAAUAUUGACAGUACCGUGUGGAUGACGCGAAUGGUGAUUCCGGGAAUGUUGGAGCGAAAGAAGGGAGCCAUUGUCAAUAUUUCAUCUGCUUCAGCCAUGUAUGAUUUGCCUCUCUUGGCGGAAUAUUCUGGCUCGAAGAGUUUCAUCGAAAAGUUUUCCCGUGCACUCAAUGCGGAAUACAAAUCCAAGGGUAUCACUUGUCAAUGUCAAAUUCCCUUUUACGUUGCCACCAAGUUGGCAAAGCAAAGGAAGAGUUUGAUGGUUCCCACUCCACCCGCUUUUGUUGCUAUGGCGAUCAAGUGGGUUGGUUACGGGGAUUGUGUUGUGUCUCCCUUUUUGUUGCAUGCAAUUCAAGGCUGGAUACUUGAUAUCAUGCCAAACUCUCUCGUGUCUAAAAUUAUUAUGAAUAUGCAUCUUGGAAUCAGGAAACGUGGUUUGAAAAAAGAUGCCGCCAAAAAAGACUGAAUUAUUUGUGAAAGUGGUGAAGAAAUGUCGGAAACAAAGAGCUUGCUCUGAAUGGAAUGAAUUCAUCGUAAAGUGCUUGAAGUGUUGUCAUCUUCUAAACUAUUAAAAAAUCAAUGGGUCA